GAUAAAAUUUGAUGGCGGUUGUUAAAGUGCAUCUCGGGGAAGGAUGUUUAAUUAUUUAACUUACGUUAGUUUUAAGAUAACGUGCAACGUAUUUAGGACACUUAUAAGAAAUGUCAGAGCUGCAGGACUAUAUUAGUUGCUCCGAUCCCCAACCCCCCAUUUUCUCUUUUUCCGUACAUGUAGCGUAGAUUUAAUAUUUCUAUAAUGUACAUUGAAAAGAUCGCCAAUGGCAUAAAAGUUCCAAAAUCGACUCUCGAGUUCGGUGUUGGUGGUGGAGACUUCAGUACCUGCCGGCACCGUCAGCCUCGAGGGAGCUAAUAGUCCGGACUCCUGUGCAAAGCGCCAUUCCAUCACAUUCCUAACCAUUUUCUGGCCCGGUUAAUGCAGAGAUUGGAAUCUAUCCCGUAAAUUUAAUACAGAUGCAUCACAAUGCCUUUUCUACCGGCUAACGAACCGCAGCUGAUUCGUUCAAGCCAGAAAGAUGAGUAUUACUUGAACACAUUGCGUAACAAUGCCAGCGAAGCUUUUCAGAUCCUUUCUGGUUCCAAGAAGUGGUUGGAGUGGAGAAAAGAAAUUGAGCUUCUUGCUGAUAUUGCAUAUUAUUGUUUGACUAAUUUUGGAGGUUAUCAAACACUUGGUGAGGAAUAUGUUAGCAUUGUACAGGUUGACUCAUCAGCAAGGAAAGUUCCAUCAACUCUAAGAAGAGGAUCUCUCAUCUUCUUUCAUACGUUUGUACCAUAUCUCCUGGACAAAAUAUUUCUUCACCUGGAACAUGAGCUUCAAACAGAGCACAACAGACCCCAGACUUUUCAGUCAAACACCCUAAGAAGAUUUCAUCAGCUAUAUUUCUUCAGAGACUGGAUGCAAAAGAGCGUGAACAAGCUUACAGAAGAACAGAAAAAGUCUACUCUCCGCCUAGUGGUUUUCCUCAAGCAGGCAGUCACAUUUGUGCACAGGCUGCAUGUGGCCAUCUUCUACCUAAAUGGGACCUUUUAUCACAUUGGGAAGAGGAUUACAGGUAUAAAGUAUGUUCGUAUUGCUGGGGUUUCUAGCAGUGACCAGGCAGCACGUGCCAGCUACAGGCUUUUGGGAGUGGUAUCCGUUUUGCAACUUGCACUUACAGUUGCACUACAAAUAAACAACUUUCGACAUCGGUGGAGGGCCCGGCAAGAGUGGAAACAACAUCGGAACCUUACCUCUACUGGAGCAUCAUUUCUAGUUACUUCUGCCAGUCGCAUUUCCCGGUGUAGUUUGUGCCUGGAGGAGCGCCGACAUGCCACCACCACUCCCUGUGGUCAUCUCUUCUGCUGGGAAUGUAUUACAGAAUGGUGCAACACCAAGGCGGAGUGCCCAUUGUGCAGAGAAAAGUUCCAGCCAAGUAGACUUGUGUACCUAAGAAACUACAGAUAACUGAAAAAAUUUAGCAAAUACUUAACUGGAUUGUUGUGUUGAAAUUUGGGUAUUGAACUUAGAUUCUGUCUUUUGUGCAAUCAUUAAAAUGGGGUGUUAGGGUGGGUUGAUUGUAGUGGACAAAGGAUGAAAACAAAAAUGAGCAAGACAAAUGUUAAAUGACUUUGUAACAUAAUUCUCCAUAAUAAAUCUUGAAAAUCAUGGAAAGAAUACUAGGUUACAUUCUUUAGCAUUUUUUUAGGCUUAAAUGUCCCAUCUUUGCACAUGUUCAGCUAUGUGGUUACCAUUCUGUUUCACAUUUUUGAUCAUCUAUAAAACCUUACAUGUAUUUCUAUGAAUAAUAGUAAACUAUUGCAGAUCAGAUCCCAUCUUUAGGUGUUCUUAGCAGUUGUAUAAUUUAAGAUUAAAAUAAAAGCAUUGUUAAUUAAGCACAGUGAA